GAAAUGCCUGUGGUUGUCUUGAUUCAGGCUUUCUGGGUCAACUGACUGAGACCCAGCAUGGACUCAGUUCUUCCGUGUGCACAUAUUAGCAUCACGUCCCUCCCCAGGGACACUUCCCAAUCUGCAUAAAACCCAAGGAAGAAAGCUAGGGAAGGACAACUGAUCUGAACCUCCCCAAGUCAGUGGGAAAUAGAUCACAUGACCAGACUGUGAUGGAAGCAGGAACGAUGCUGAUGAUGCGACUACCUUCCUUGGAUCCGAAUAAAGUUUCAAUGAGUUAUUCUCAAUUAGAAAAUAGGUUAAACACUUACUUUAUAAAGAUUCAUAACAUUUAGGGAACAACUUCCUCCAGGACAACUCCUCCAGUGACAAUGUAAAAAAAGGUAAACAACAAUAUGAGUCCUGCUCAUUGGUGCCAACUUUGGGUGUCAGUGUAUAAAAGCCCCAGAACAGAAGGAGUCAUCAGAUUCUUGAAAACUCACCUCUGAACAGAAGCUCACCCUCCACCUCUGACACCAUGACCCACUCCUGCUGUUCCCCUUGCUGUCAGCCUACCUGCUGCAGGACCACCUGCUGCCAGCCCACCCGCAGUGGGUCCAGCUGUUGUGAGUCCAGCUGCUGCCAGCCUUGCUGCCCCCAAACUCGCUGUCAAGUCACCUGCUGCAGGACCACCUGCUACCAACCAGCUUGUGUGACCAGCUGCCGCCCUUCCUGCGGCAGCGCUCCCUGCUGCCAGCCCACCUGCUCUGAGCCCAGCUGCUGUGGACAAACCUGCAGUGAGUCCAGCUGCUGCCAGCCCUGCUGUCCCCAGACUUGCUGUCAAACCACCUGCUCUAGGACCACCUGCUACCAACCAACCUGUGUGACCAGCUGCCGCCUUUCCUGCUGCCCCGCUCCCUGCUGCCAGCCCACCUGCUCUGAGUCCAGCUGCUGUGGACAAACCUGCAGUCAGUCCAGCUGCUGCCAGCCUAGCUGCCCCCCAGCUUGCUGUCAGACCACCUGCUGCCAGCCAGCUUGCUCUGGACCCGUGUACUGCCGGAGAACCUGCUACCACCCCACCUGCGUCUGCCUGCCUUGUUGCCAAGCCCAGAGCUGCGGAUCCAGCUGUUGCCAGCCUUGCUGCCGCCCAGCCUGCUGUGAGUCCAGCUGCUGCCGGCCUUCCUGCUGGAACAUCCAGCUCUUCCCUACUAUGUCUUUCUUCCCUAACAGAAGGAGUCAUCAGAUUCUUGAAAACUCACCUCUGAACAGGAGCCCACCCUCCACACCUGACACCAUGACCCACUCCUGCUGCUCCCCUUGCUGCCAGCCUACCUGCUGCAGGACCACCUGCUGCCAGCCCACCUGCAGUGGGUCCAGCUGUUGUGAGUCCAGCUGCUGCCAGCCUUGCUGUCCCCCAACUCGCUGUCAAGUCACCUGCUGCAGAACCACCUGUUACCAACCAGCUUGUGUGACCAGCUGCCGCCCUUCCUGCUGCCCCACUCCCUGCUGCCAGCCCACCUGCUCUGAGUCCAGCUGCUGUGGACAAACCUGCAGUCAGUCCAGCUGCUGCCAGCCUUGCUGCCCCCCAGCUUGCUGUCAGACCAUCUGCUGCCAGCCAGCUUGUUCUGGACCCGUGUACUGCCGGAGAACCUGCUACCACCCCACCUGCGUCUGCCUGCCUUGUUGCCAAGCCCAGAGCUGCGGAUCCAGCUGUUGCCAGCCUUGCUGCCGCCCAGCCUGCUGUGAGUCCAGCUGCUGCCGGCCUUCCUGCUGCUGAUCACCCGACCAAAGAACCACCGUCUGCACAAACCAAUCUUUUUCUCACCUUGCCGUUCCUACGACAAAUUCACUUCCAGACAUUGCUAAAAGCCAGCAUGCUAUCACUAAAUUUCUGUUACUUAUCUGCCUGUUGAAAAGCUUGUGAACAAGCUCGAUGCAGUGCAGAGGACUUCCCCCAAUUCUCCUCCUCCUUGUGUCUGUGGAUCACGUGCCAGCUUCAUGCAUCCUCCAUCCGGAGUCAUGAUCUCUCCUUUAACUCUGAAGUCAGCAUCUUCACCCUCUACCUCUGAGUAACUUAGAAAAGAAAUCCUCCUCACUUUUACGUAGGUUUCUCAGCUGUUGAUUAAGCUUCACAAUCAUGUUUUCCUUUUCAAUAUACUCAUGUUUCUUGUACCCUGCUCUCUUCUUUUCAUGAUCACUUUGACUUGUCUCCCUGGAUGCAUGGAGUCUUCCCUAUAUUUCUUAAUAAAUCCUGUACCAAUAUUCAUCCUA